UUGCAAAAGUGUAUCUCAGUGCAUAUUGGACAGGCUGGUGUUCAGAUUGGGAACGCCUGCUGGGAGCUUUACUGCCUGGAACAUGGAAUCCAGCCGGAUGGACAGAUGCCCAGUGACAAGACGAUUGGCGGUGGAGACGAUUCCUUCAACACUUUCUUUAGUGAGACUGGAGCAGGAAAGCACGUUCCCAGAGCUGUCUUUGUGGACCUGGAGCCCACUGUCAUCGACGAAGUGCGCACCGGAACCUAUCGACAGCUCUUCCACCCUGAACAGUUGAUCACCGGCAAGGAGGAUGCUGCUAACAACUAUGCCCGUGGUCACUACACCAUCGGCAAAGAAAUCAUUGACCUGGUGCUGGACAGAAUACGCAAAUUGGCUGACCAGUGUACUGGUCUUCAGGGAUUCCUGGUGUUCCACAGCUUCGGCGGUGGGACUGGCUCUGGUUUCACCUCCCUGUUGAUGGAACGUUUAUCUGUGGACUAUGGCAAGAAAUCUAAGCUGGAGUUCUCAAUCUACCCAGCACCUCAGGUGUCCACGGCUGUAGUUGAGCCCUAUAACUCCAUCCUGACCACACAUACGACCCUCGAGCACUCAGACUGUGCCUUUAUGGUAGAUAAUGAAGCCAUUUACGAUAUAUGCCGCAGAAAUCUAGACAUGGAACGUCCGACAUACACCAAUCUGAACAGACUGAUCAGUCAGAUCACCUCCUCUAUCACGGCUUCCCUACGUUUUGACGGCGCUCUCAAUGUCGAUCUAGCCGAGUUUCAGACUAACUUAGUACCAUAUCCACGUAUCCACUUCCCUCUGGCUACCUAUGCACCCAUCAUUUCUGCUGAGAAGGCCUAUCAUGAGCAAUUAACUGUAGCUGAUAUCACUAAUGCUUGCUUUGAGCCAGCCAACCAGAUGGUGAAGUGUGACCCCCGUCACGGCAAGUACAUGGCGUGCUGCCUUUUGUACCGUGGCGACGUGGUGCCCAAAGAUGUAAAUGCCGCCAUUGCCACGAUCAAAACCAAGCGCACCAUCCAAUUUGUGGAUUGGUGCCCCACUGGUUUCAAGGUGGGCAUCAACUACCAGCCACCCACUGUGGUUCCUGGUGGAGACUUGGCUAAAGUACAGAGAGCUGUGUGUAUGCUAAGCAACACGACAGCCGUGGCAGAGGCCUGGGCUCGUCUUGACCACAAGUUUGAUUUGAUGUAUGCCAAGCGUGCAUUUGUUCACUGGUACGUGGGAGAGGGUAUGGAGGAAGGAGAAUUCUCUGAGGCCAGAGAAGACAUGGCAGCGCUUGAGAAGGACUACGAAGAGGUUGGUGCCGACUCAGUUGAUGACCAGGGAGAAGAAGGGGAGGAGUAUUAA